GGUCCAUAUGUGAUUCACGUGUGGACCGACAUGAGGCAACAAAUGUGAAGUUGAAGUGAUUGGGGUGAGGAAGGAGAAGAAGGAAGAGUAAGCGGGGUUGAAGUUAGAAUAUGGUGAAGUCAACGGCAGCCGCAGCCGGCGGUGACGUGGCAGCUUGCUUGGAUUGCGUAGUCAGGUGCGUAUUGCGCACGUUGCGUAGACCAGAUCACGACCCAGUCAGUCUCCCACACUCAAAACCUUCCUCCAACCUCCAUUUUCCUCCAUUCCACUUCUCACCAUGUCCACCAUUCCUCUUUUCCUUUUCGUCUCUUCCAUUCUCCUCUCCUCUUUUCCAGGUUUCGCGUUAUGUGCGCUUGUUUCGCUGCGAUCCAUUGAGAUAUUCAGAACGCACGAGUGGCUCAAAGCCACUUCCACUGUGUAUUUCCUAUGCAAGGGGGACAACAUGACGCUGCUUCUAGAUAUCAAGAAACCUCACGUCCUUUAUGCUUUCAAUGGCCAAGAAACUUGGCAGCCAUUAAUAAACUUUUCAAGUAAAAAAUGCAAGCGAUGUGGACUAUAUGAGGAGGACAGCAUUACUUCGGAUGAUGUACUUGAAGAAUGGGAGUUUUGUCCUUCUGACUUUACUGCACCUCAUGGUGAAUAUAUUCGGUUCAAGGAAAAGGAAUUCAAUGCUACUUUUCUUUGCCCGGAGUGCUUAUCUCUUGUUGGUGUUGGUGAGCAUGAUGAUGGAAAAGGAAUGCAUAUCACUGUUGUGGUUUUGCUGAGUGCUUUGGUUUCAAUUAUACUCAUUCUUGGAGUGGUGGGUGCAUAUAAGCUCUGGCAAAAGAAGAUAAGGGAACAGGACCAGGCUCGGCUCUUGAAAUUAUUUGAAGAUGAUGAUGACAUUGGGGAUGAACUGGACCUUGGCAGCGUAAUAUGAUUUUGAUAUACCGAUUGUAAACAAAAAUACAAAAUACCUCCUGCACAGUAUAGGUCAGCCUCAAUUUUUUGUUUAUGAAAAACGAUGAGAAAUUAUUUUCUUCUAGUUUGACUGUUCCGGUCCAUAGGAGAUAUUCAUCAAAGCGGAAAGAAAGGUGCCAAUGUUCAUAACCAUCUUUACAAUGCGACAUAGGGUUCUGUUGUCCUUCAUAUUUUAGGUUUUGCUCAGCAAUCUAGUAGAAACAAAAAGGAAAAAUAAAUAGUGUUGUACUUCACAUUUAGCAUUGCUCAGCAAUCUUGUGUAUACAAAAAUAAAGUCAUGCGUGACCAUUAUUUUUAUUGACAAUUGGAUUUGGAUU